GUUAAUUCAAUAAUUGGUUAUAAAAAAUAUCUCUUAAUUAUUUGGACAUUUAAAUCCAUUGACUAAAACACUAAUAGUAGUUGUAUUGAUUUAGGGACAAUGCCUGCGACCAAAUGUGUUUGCGGUGUUGGCGGCCAUCAGACCGACUACUGUAUCGUAUCGCUCAAAGCGCUCGGUUCGGACAUCGAUGACUACCGAUAUGGAUAUUGUCCAAAGACGGGAAGUGUAGAAGUGGCCGAACUGUAUAAACAGUUGGUCACCAGCAGUGAUAACGGUGAUGGCGGUGACGAUAGUUAUAUAAAUCUAGAAUUGUACGAAAUGAUCGACACCGACAACGAUAACGACAGUGGUGUCGUCAAUGGUGGCGGAAAAUUGGUUACCACCAGUGUUUAUAACUUCGCUAACAAAAGUGUCAAAGAAAGGCAAAAUUUUCGUCUAGAGAUUCGACCGAAUUGUGUAUACAUUACGCUAACGUUGGCUGCAUUGAGAGGACAGUCGUCAGAACACUAUCCGUAUUAUAUAUACCCGAAAUGCACGCCAACAGUCGGCCAUUUGAAACGCCUGUUGGCCAAAGAGUACUCGUUUGUCGCCAAAACGGUUACAAUGUAUUUGACGGAAAAAGGAUCGACACUUCCGGACCAUCAGUACACUGAAUACGAACUCCUGGAUGAGAUGCCUAUUAGUAAGGCAUGGAUUUACGACCGGUUCGCUAAUAGUCUGAUUCAGGUUAUACCCAAUACUUUUACAAACAGAUCAGAAUUUAAUUGCAGUGAUAUAAUAACCGAAAAGUUUGCUGACUUGUCGACCGCAUUGUCGAACUUUGCUAAUCAAUUAAACCAAAGUUUGGCAACCGUUGGCUGCGGACACAAAUGUUUAACCGAUGCCUCUGUCUAUAACUCGGAUAUCGACGGAGACCAGUGUGACGGCAAUCCAUCGAUUAGUAAACUUAAAGACAAUAAAACAACUUUCAAACAAUCAGUUAGAAGAGAAAAUAAGUCAAAAUUAAAGAACUUCUCAUUGAAUAAGAAUGAUAUGAACACCAAUUGUCUACUAAAUGAUUUGAAGGUUGUAUUGCAGUGCACUUUGGAUCCAAAUGACCAACUGAUCCGCCAAUUCGGUAAACUCGAAGAACUCGUCGACAGCAAAGAUGUAGAGAUAGGAAACUUGAAGGCAUUGAUCAAAGAUCAGGAACAAGUGAUCGAAGACUUGGGAAAUAUUUUCGUAAAAUACAAUAAAGAUGAAGAAUAGUAUGUUUUUGUGGUUUUGGAUGAUUUACCAAAAAAAAAUAUGAAAGCUUUCACUAAAAUUCCGUAUA